GCUCCAGUGACGCAGCCACGCCCCGGGGAGCCCUCCCAACCUGCCGUGGAGGAGCCAUCCAGGCGGAGGCAGUUCCUGAGGGAGCAUGCAGCCCCCUUCUCUGCCUUCCUCACCGACAGCUUCGGCCGGCGACACAGCUACCUGCGCAUCUCCCUCACCGAGAAGUGCAACCUCAGAUGUCAAUACUGCAUGCCCGAGGAAGGUGUCCCACUGACCCCCAAGGCUGACCUGCUGACCACUGAGGAGAUCCUGACCCUCGCACGGCUCUUUGUGAAGGAAGGCGUAGAUAAGAUCCGGCUCACGGGUGGAGAGCCGCUCAUCCGGCCAGACGUGGUGAACAUUGUGGCCCUUCUCCUGGCCUCAGCAGGAACAAGCAGCCUGAUACCCCUCCCUGUUGUCUCUCCAGCCCAGCUCCGCCAGCUGGAGGGGCUGAGGACCAUUGGCAUCACCACCAACGGCAUCAACCUGGCCCGGCUGCUGCCUCAGCUCCAGAAGGCUGGCCUCAGUGCCGUCAACAUCAGCCUGGACACGCUGGUGCCAGCCAAGUUUGAGUUCAUCGUCCGCAGGAAAGGCUUCCACAAGGUCAUGGAGGGCAUCCACAAGGCCAUCGAGCUGGGCUACAGCCCUGUGAAGGUGAACUGUGUGGUGAUGCGAGGCCUGAACGAGGACGAACUCCUGGACUUCGUGGCCUUGACCAAAGGACUCCCUCUGGACGUGCGCUUCAUAGAGUACAUGCCCUUUGAUGGCAACAAGUGGAACUUCAAGAAGAUGGUCAGCUACAAGGAGAUGCUGGAUACCCUCCAGCAGCGGUGGCCGGAGCUGGAGAAGCUGCCCGAGGAGGAAUCCAGCACAGCCAAGGCCUUUAAGAUCCCUGGCUUCCAGGGCCAGGUCAGCUUCAUCACAUCCAUGUCGGAGCAUUUCUGUGGGACCUGCAACCGGUUGCGAAUCACAGCCGACGGGAACCUCAAGGUCUGCCUCUUUGGAAACUCGGAAGUAUCCCUGCGUGAUCACCUGCGGGCGGGAGCCUCUGAGGAAGAGCUGCUGAGCAUCAUCGGGGCUGCCGUGGGCAGGAAGAAGCGGCAGCACGCAGGCAUGUUCAACAUUUCCCAGAUGAAGAACCGGCCCAUGAUCCUCAUCGAGUUAUUUUUGACGCUCCAGGAUUCCCCACCAGCCGUUCUGAGCAUCUCCUUCAGGGAUUCCCUCCAUGUUCAGGGUCUGAGACACAGAGUGAGUCGCUCCCACCAGAUGGUGACUUUGUGGGAAGGAGGCGGGGUCCCACAGACCCCUCUCCUGGCCCAGUGGUGGCUGGGAGCUGGCCUCCCUCAGAGACACUACAGUUCCCACCCAGACUCAGAUGCCAACCCAAAGUGCCUUAGCCCAGAGCCCCAGGCUCCUGCCACACCCUUAGGACCUCUGCCAGCCUCAGGCCAACUAACCCAUGUAGACACAGAAGGACGGGCGGCUAUGGUGGAUGUAGGCGGGAAGCCAGACACAGAGCGUGUGGCUGUGGCCUCAGCUGUAGUCCUCCUUGGGCCUGUGGCCUUCAGGCUCGUCCAGGAGAACCGGCUCAAGAAGGGGGAUGCCCUGGUGGUAGCCCAGCUGGCUGGCGUCCAGGCGGCCAAGCUGACCAGCCAGCUGAUUCCUCUGUGCCACCACGUGGCCCUGAGCCACGUCCAGGUGCGGCUGGAGCUGGACAGUGCGCGCCAGGCCGUGGUGAUCGAGGCAUCUUGCCGGGCUCGGGGCCCCACUGGGGUGGAGAUGGAGGCCCUGACCUCAGCUGCCGUGGCUGCCCUCACCCUAUACGACAUGUGCAAGGCCGUCAGCAGGGACAUAGUGUUGGAGGAGAUCAAGCUCAUUAGCAAGACUGGGGGUCAGCGGGGGGACUUCCAUAGGACUUAGAGCUCCUGGCCCGGCGAAGUCAAGAGAUGGGAUGCAAUUUCAGCCAAGGGAAAGAAAUGUCAAGUUCCUUUUAACCCCGUCACUGGUUACCUUCAACCGGUAGGAACUCAAGGUCAGCCUACCCCUCUACUGCUAGCUGACCUCCACUGACCUUUUUAUUCAGAGAGGAAACUAGCAGGCCCUUCUGCCUUCCUGGACCCUGAGGUCAUGGGAGGGGGCCGCAGCGAGUAAGGCUGGGUGACGGGAAAUCCCAUUGGGGGAUUAGUGGACUCUGAGACAAUCACUUUCAGAAGGUCGAGCCCGUGACUUCCACUUCUUGCUUGGGUUUUCUCUUCUACUUCCCGGGAGAGAGUAAGGGCUCUCCAAGCAGAGGAAGCCGCCCUGAGGAGCGCAGCUGGCACUGAAACUGGAGCACGGCUUCUGAGCAGCAACACCCUUUCCCUGCCUCUCCACCAACCUCCUUUGAAAGAGCCGGUUCUCCCUUCUUAUUGCCUGAGUCUGUGUCCCGUCAGACAUCCGGGCUUUUGGUUUAACAGUCACACCAUCCUGCCACCUCCUCUCUCUCCGCAACCCCAGCCGCCCCACCCCCAUCUUAAGCAGAAUCCAUUCACGUGGGCCACAGCCCUGAGGCCUCCUGACCAAGCACACACCCCCAUGCCCUGCGCACUGCCACCCUCCCACCCACCACCCUUCGUCCUGACACAUCAGGGAAGGAAGAGCACUGAAGAUGGCCUUCACCCCCCGCGCACAAAAUAAAGCCACGAUGCCAACUUUGGAGAUGCAAGAAUGAGGACUGUCUGUGCUGAGGGGUCCCGAGCUGCUAUGAUGUCAGGCCCACCCCCACCUGGGGGAAGAGGAGUAGGUGAGAUGCUGGAGAGUCAAAGGGGCAUAUUCUGCGUGUACAUACCCCCACCCUUCCCCGUGGGGGGUGUACGAGUGCAGCAUCACCAGUAACAGGUAGGCACGUCCAAAGCUGCUCCUCUCACCGGCUGGUGGAGACCAGCAGCUGCAGUUAGAGGCUCCUGGCUUGCACAUCCCCCAGCACUGGACUUGCUGGCUUCUCUCAGGUGGGUAGGUUUCUCGGUUCUAGCCUCAGUCCCCGACCUGCCCACCCUUCCUGUGCCCUACACCCGGGUGUGCUGGCGAAGUGUUUAACCACCACCUCUUAGAAAAGCCACUUUCCAGUCUUAAGUACUCCCACGUUGGCUGAUCUCAAGCUACCUUUUGACGUGCACUGGCUUGAGGACUCUUGCGCACCAACACUCUUGGCUCUUCCUGCUUCCCGGCACAGCUCAAGUCCCCUCGUGGGAAGAAGGCGUAAGUUUCAAGGCAGGCUAGAUGGGGGUGGUACGGAUUUAAUAUUUUUUAGUAUUACAAUAUAUUCUUACGAAAAAAAGGUGCAGGCAGAAAGGGCACUGUGGAUUUUGUACACGAGCUUCGUUUGUCAUCUGAACAGUGGGUGAGAACAGCCGGGGCAUGACGGUGGUAGACGUGAGGGGAGAUGGCCAUGGCUCCCCCGGGGGUGGAACUGGGAUGGGGGUGGGGA